GCGUUUACCUGUCUCGGAUCAGGGGGAAAAAGUAAAUCUAUUUUGUGCUUAUGGAAUCCCUUUUAGAAAACGUUAUGAAGGGCCGUUGCGAAGCGCAGCCCGACUACUACGAGAUACUUGGGUGCGACGAAAUCUCUUCGGAUGAACAACUCCUCUGUGAGUACAAGGUAAAAGCGCUUAAAUUCCACCCAGACAAGAACCCAGGCGACCCUGAAGCAGCCCAGCAAUUCCAGAACAUUCAAGAAGCACGUGAUGUCCUGUUAGACCCUGAAAAACGAAAAAAAUAUGACAAGUGGAGAAAGUCGGGCCUCAGCAUGCCAUUUCAGCAGUAUGUCAACCUUAAUGUUACGUCUCUACACUGGGUUACCAAAAAGACUAAGGAACCAAUGCUGAUGGAUCGCUGUCAUCAGGCACCUAUGCAAAUGCGUGUGGAUGAUUCAAGUGAUGCUUUGUCAAGUUGGAGGAGCAAGGAACCUGCUGAUGAAUUGCUGAGAAAAUUCAGAAAUUAUGAGAUCUGAUUUAUCCUGAAGAUUGAUUGCUGCUUUGAUGCAGUAAAGGUCACAUUAUGUGCUGUGAAUGUAAAUAUAUGUCAUAUUAAAAAAGUGACCGUGUCAGAAUUGAAUGAAAAUA